CCCCGAGCGCAGCCGAGGCAGGGACGGGACCAUGACGGAGGUGACCAAGCGCAUCCUGGUCACGGGGGGCACCGGCCUGGUGGGCAAGGCCAUCGAGAAGGUGGUGGCAGAUGGGGAGGGGCGGCCGGACGAGCGCUGGAUCUUCGUGUCCUCCCGGGACGCCGACCUGACGAGCAGCUCCGAGACCAAGGCGCUGUUUGAGAGGCACAGGCCCACCCACGUCAUCCACUUGGCCGCCAUGGUCGGGGGCCUCUUCAAGAACAUCCGCUCCAACCUGGAUUUCUGGAGGACCAACAUCCACAUCAACGACAACGUCCUGCACUCGGCCCACGAGAUGGGGGUGGAGAAGGUGGUCUCCUGCCUCUCCACCUGCAUCUUCCCGGACAAGACCACCUAUCCCAUCGACGAGACCAUGAUCCACAACGGGCCCCCCCACAGCUCCAACUUCGGCUACUCCUACGCCAAGAGGAUGAUUGACAUCCAGAAUAGGGGUUAUUCCGAGCAGCACGGCCGGCGCUUCACCGCCGUCAUCCCCACCAACGUCUUCGGGCCGCACGACAACUUCAACAUCGACGACGGCCACGUCCUGCCAGGCCUCAUCCACAAGGUCCACCUGGCCAAACAGUCCGGCUCCGCCCUGACCGUAUGGGGAACGGGAAAGCCCAGGAGACAGUUCAUCUACUCCCUGGACCUGGCCCGGCUCAUCCUGUGGGUCCUGCGGGAAUAUGACGAGGUGGAGCCCAUCAUUCUGUCAGUGGGAGAAGAAGAUGAGGUGUCCAUCCGGGAGGCGGCGGAGGCCGUGGCUGAGGCCAUGGAUUUCAGGGGAGAGCUGGUUUUUGACCCCAGCAAGGCGGACGGGCAGUUCAAGAAGACGGCCAGCAACGCCAAACUGCGGCGGUACCUGCCCGGCUUCCAGUUCACUCCCUUCAGGAAAGGUGAGCUCCUGCCUCUGGGGGCAUCUGGGUGCUCCAUCCUAUGGG